CUGGAAGCUGGUUGACACCGAGCCAGAUCAGCAUCGGGACCGGAGCAAGAGCUGCCUUACUACUGCCGCAAAGAUAAAUAAAUGGCAGACUGAAACGUAACAUACCACCAGAAGCCGCGUGCUGUUAUAUCCAUGGAUAUGCUUUUACAUGUAACUCAUGUUAACUGGCUCUUCGAAAACACAUUUGCUGCAUGCACUGUCGCCAUUUAAACCUCAUGUUACCCACUGGAUUACAUGCUCCUGUUUUUUAUACAUAUAUUUAUAUAUUUUACGUGGAUGCAAGUUUGUAAGCAACAUUGUGACCAAAAAAAAUAAUACAUUUUAUCAAAACCAUUUGAGAUCAUAAUAUAAUUAACUGUAAAUGGGCACUUUGUAAUACACAUUGCACGCCUUCACUUCAUAUACAUUUCAGAUAUUUUUUUCUCUUUUACAAGAGGCUUAUAUGCAAACUGAAAUUUAGGAAACCGGAUACAAACAUGAUGUGGUGAUGCAAUCCCGUGCAUAUUACUAGAAAUUAAUUAUUUCUACUUUAAUGGCAUAAUGAUGACUCUUAGAAGUUGAAGGUUGAGCAAACCCUUUGUUGUGGCUUUUUGAUUUUUUUUUUGCGGAGAGUUAAAAAAUGGGGGAAGAUGGGAGUCCCCCGCUGAAAAAGGUCGCUAAAGAAAUGGAUCUCACUGUUGAUGUUUCAAAUGUUAUAAGCAAGGUGAUAACAAUAAAAAUGGAGGUAGACGAUUAUAAAGAUACGUGUGGAGAGGAGAACACGGACAGUGUUAAAUCUAGUGGUGUCCCAGCCUGCACAUCUUCUGAGCUAAACCCAGGACUCAAGCACACGUUGGCACAGUUUAACCUAAGCAGUCGAAGUUCAUUAGGUGGGCCUGCUGCUUUUUCUGCCCGAUUUUCCCAAGAAAAUAUGUCCCCUACAGUGUUCUUGCCACUUCCUUCUCCUCAACUUCACCCUGGGCCCCUUCUUAUCCCAUCAGACAGUUCGACAGAGCUGACACAGACUGAACUAGAGGGUGAAUCAAUAUCAUGUUUUAUGGUGGGAGGAGAAAAAAGACUUUGCCUUCCUCAAGUCUUAAAUUCAGUUCUUCGGGACUUCUCGCUUCAGCAGAUUAACAUCGUUUGUGAUGAAAUGUACAUUUAUUGUUCGAGGUGCACUUCAGACCAGCUUCACAUACUAAAGGUUUUGGGAAUCCUUCCAUUUAAUGCUCCCUCCUGUGGACUCAUCACCUUGACUGAUGCUCAAAGACUAUGCAAUGCUCUUUUGCGGCCACACACUUUCCCACAAAAUGGUAGCUUGCUGCCUGCUAAAAACUCUUUGGCGCAAUUAAAAGAGACAGGUAGUGCCUUUGAAGUUGAACAUGAUUGUUUAGGAAAGUGCCAGGGUUUAUUUGCACCUCACCUCUACACUCAACCAGAUGCCCCCUGUAUUCAGUGUUUGGAGUGCUAUGCGAUGUUCUCCACACAGACAUUUGUCAUGCACUCUCAUAGAUCCCCAGACAAGAGAACCUGUCACUGGGGUUUUGACUCUGCCAAGUGGCAUUGCUAUAUUCACCUGAGUUCAAAGCAAUUGGAAUCACCUGAUGGGAAAAAGCUCAAGGUUCUCUUGAAGGAAAUGAAAGAGAAAUUCAGUAGAAAGAAUCAGCCUAAGAGGAUACAGCCAAAAGUUGAGCAUCUGCGGACAUUGGAAUUGCCAUCUUGGUACCCAGUUAUCAAACAAGAAGAUGAUGUUACUAACCGAACACAAAUGCUGCAUCCUAGUUACUAUCUGUACAUGUAUGACAAAGUCGUGGCACCAAAUGUAUCCCUCUCUGCCACGACAACACAAUGCAAAGACGUCAAAACUGUAAGAAGAGACACAGAACCAAGCAAGCCUUUACUGGCUGAAUCUGUGAAGCAGACAAAGACCAACAAACAUAAAUCUGCUACCUCAUACCCUGACCUUUCCAUAGAGGAGCAAGAGAGAGCAGAUCAGAAAACAGAUACAGUGAGCAGUAAUGGACGAAAGCCCAGUUCUGUGAAUGGGGAAAAGAAUGGUCCAAUUUGUAAUAAAAAUACCGUGUGUGAAGAUGACAAAGGACACAUUAUGGAAGAAGUUGUUAAAACAUUCCUCAAACAGCAGGAAAAACUAAAUUAUAUUCUCCAAAAGAAGCAGCAAAUUCAGAUGGAAGUUGAAAUGCUAAGCAGCUCUAAAACCAUGAAGGAGAUGACCGUGGAGCAGCAGACCUUGCAGAAAGAGUUUGAAUCGUUACAGACGGAGCAUAUGCAGAAAAUGGAGGAAUUGUACGAUGAACAAAGGGACUUAGAGGAGAAACUGAAACAAGUCAAGAAACAAAAGUGUUCGUGUGAUUCAAACCCAGACAAAGACAAAGAAACACAGUAUGCAAACCAGCUGACAGAACUGCGGCAGAGACUGGAUCAGGCUGAGGCAGACAGACGGGAGCUUCAAGAUGAGCUGAGGAAGGAGCGGGAGGCCCGAGAGAAGUUGGAGCUCAUGAUUAAAGAGCUUAAACUUCAGAUUUUUAAGUCGGCCAAGGCCGAUAAUGGGGAAUAGGUGACACACAUUGCAGAAAAGUCAUUCUGCUUGAAACAGGGUUUGUUUUUGUGACCUGGACUGAAACAAGAGCAUCUCAUCCUGCAGCAUGAUAUGGUGUUGACGUGAUGUGGUGAGCAGCCACCUUGGCCAUAAAAGGUGGGAAGAGACGGCAAUGUGCAAUUUGUGAUAACCUUUUGCUGCUGAUAGAUUCAUCAAUGUUUUGACACUUCCAGAUAAAACACACUCUGCUAUCUAAAAGAUAUUUUGUUUUGUAUGUUCAUCGUGCCCUCUGCAAUGUGUGGGAAAGAUCACUUAAAACAACAACAAAAAGAUCCAGGGAAUUCCGGGAUUCUAAAGCAAACUGAGGGUAUUUGAAGUUGUUACUAAAUUUAUACUCCACUCAAAUCAAACUUUUGUGCACAUUUAUUUUGGCAAUCUGAAAAGGUUCGAGGUGGACCUUUUGCGCUAUAGUGCAUAUUUUUACUGUACUUUAGUUCCCAUUUGACGUGCUAAAUUGUAGACGACUUAAACGUUAAACAACUCUCCAGCUCUUUAAUGCUCCAUAAUGCUGCUAUGGCUUUUUUUUCCCAUGGAGAGAG